UGGGCUUUCUAUAUAAAACCGCCGUCGCGAAUUUUUUAAUCAGCUUGGUUCUAUGGUGUCUUUUAUACUAUCUUUGAUAAAAUACAUCCUUUAAAAGUAAAUUUAUUGAUAAAUUUUAGAAGAAUACUUUAAAAUGGAAGGUGAAGAUAACAGCGAAAAUGAAUUGUUUGAAGCUGCUCCAAAGAAAAUGAAAACAGAAUGGUCUAAAAGCUAUUCUAACAAAGCUAUGGAAAUGAUGAAAAAAAUGGGAUACGAAACUGACAAAGGUUUAGGGAAGCAAAGUCAAGGACGUCUCGAACCGAUUGUUGCAUUUCAACAGGAUGGUCGACGCGGAUUGGGUUUAAAACAUGAGUCUGUUCAGCACCAAAGAGAACACUGGGAUCCAAACAAUGAAAAGAUAACAAUACCUGAAGUUGUUUCCUGGAUUUCUUCGAAUAAGGACUUUACACAUAAUAUCCAACAGCUAAUGUGCUGGAUAAGUUUUGGCGAACGCAAAGAAACUUUAGAUGAUGAAACAUUAUUUGUUGAACCCGAAAUAUUGAAUGCUAUUUUAGAAGCAAAGACUGUGUUUGAUAAACUUAAUGAGAAUGAAUUGAGAAAAGCUAGAUCUCGUAGUAAUCCAUUUGAGACAAUUCGAAGUUCUAUUUUCCAAAACAGAGCAGCAGUAAAAAUGGCUAAUAUUGAUUCAAUGUUGGAUUUUAUGUUUACAAAUCCUAAAGAUAAAAUGGGAAAUUCUCUUGUACACGAUAAUGAUCUUUUGUACUUUGCUGAUAUCUGUGCAGGUCCUGGAGGAUUUUCGGAGUAUAUAUUAUACAGGAAAUCAUGGGAAGCAAAAGGCUUUGGGUUUACACUUCGAGGUGCAAAUGAUUUUAAGUUAGAUAAAUUUUCAGCAGGAUCACCAGAAUCCUUUGACCCAUUCUAUGGUGUACAAGGUGAUGGUGAUGUUUAUGUGGAAGCAAAUCAGGAUUCAUUCGCUAGCUAUAUAUUUAAGCAUUGCGAAGAAGGCGUUCAUUUUGUUAUGGCAGACGGAGGAUUUUCAGUUGAAGGUCAAGAAAAUAUUCAAGAGAUAUUAUCAAAACAGCUUUAUUUAUGUCAAUGUCUCACCGCUCUUAAGAUUUUAAGGUGCAGUGGGAGUUUUGUUUGUAAACUCUUUGAUAUUUUUACGCCGUUUAGCGUUGGACUGGUAUAUUUAAUGUAUCAAAGUUUCGAAGAAAUAGCAAUAAUAAAACCAAACAGCAGCCGUCCCGCCAACUCGGAAAGAUAUUUAGUAUGUAAAUGGAAAAAAUCCGGCACGGAAGUAAUAUGUAAAUACUUGAAUUUCAUCAAUAACCAUAUAAACAAAAAAAGCGACCGAGAUGUUUUAGAAAUUGUAGAUUUAGAUGUCAUUAUGCAAGACGAAGAUUUUUUUAAAUAUAUAAAAGAAUCAAACAAUUUAAUAGGUAGAAAUCAAAUUACUGGAUUGAAAAAAAUAUCAGCAUAUUGUAAUAAUCCACUAUUAAAAGAAACUAGGCAAACUGAAUUUCGAAAAAAAUGCUUAGAACUUUGGAGAUUGCCGGAUAAAUUACGACAGGCUCCUGAGAAUAAAUCUGUUGAAAAGUUUCUUGAAGAAUUUCUAAAUAAUUGGUACGAAGAUAAAGUAUGGUUUAAUUCUACUCCUGUUGAGUUAGUAUCUACAUCAAUGCUAAACAAAUGGAUAGAAAGUAUACAUGAUUGGUAUUUUGUACCAAUAGGGCGAGGAGAAACAAGUACGAAUGCUUGUAGCUUUUUUAUUUGUACAACAAGAGGGAAAUUGCUCAGGUAUACUGAUAUGAAAAAGUGGGAACCUGUGGAAUAUAUGUUUGAAUUAUCUCCAAAAUCAUUAUUUUAUGGAGAACUUGUAUAUGAAUAUAAUGGUGAAGGAAGAACACAAACUAGAAUAUGCAAUUUGCACAUAAUAGAUGCAAUUAUUCUAGGUGGUAAAGAUGUAAGAAGAAUGAGGUUAAAUGAACGUUUAUCAAUGUGCACAAAGUUUGUAAAGAGUAUAAAUAAGCCAUAUAAAGAAGGCAGUGUGCCAUUACUACGUUGUAAAAGGCUGUUUAAAUUGGAAGAUAUUGAUGAAUUCUUUGGCACAAUGCGUCAUUACAGAUUAAAGGAUGGCUCUCAACGUCUAGGAAUAUCAUUAAAUGACACCGAUACAAAAUUCUUUGUUCCUGGUGGAAUACUAUUGUUUUGUGAAAUAUGCCAUUAUUUUUUCUCGAUAAUGUCAAAGUCGCAAAAUAUGCUGUACUACUUUAAUAAAACUAGAAACGCCUCUUAUUAUAAAAAUAAUAUGCCGGAUGAAAUGCAAAAUAUAUUGUACGCUUCUUUUCGAAAUAGCUUUAUAAGGCGGUUACUUUGGAAAUGGACAAAUACAUAUCAAGUCGAAGAACAAAGUAAUAAGGUGGAUGAUCAUAUUUUAUACAGAGAUGAUUUUAUACAAUACAUUGAAAAAAUUUAUAACUUGUUCUAAAAACAACUAGUUCUAGAACGAAUGCAAAGAGAACAACUUCUGAUUCUUAAAUAACAACCUUGGAACUAGUGAUAUCGCAACUACUACUGGAACCCCUUCCUCGGAACAUUGUUAUAGUUCUAAAAUACUUCUAAAGAGUUUUCAAGGAACUAAUUCUUUGACAUUAGGUUAUACAUUGAUACUACACUAGUUCAAUGGAACACAAUAGUUCCGAAACAACUUCUUAGAAUCAGUUGAAAAAAAUGUCUGCAUAAAAUUGAACUAUAAGGAAUUAAAGAUACUAGGUAUAAAGAUUAAAGAUAAUUAAAGAUACGGGAGACGGGAAAGUUAGCUGCUGGUUUCUUAUAUCCUGUGCAAAAAUAGUUUAACAAAUGAAUUUUAUGUAAGAUAAUUGUAAGUAAGUUUUCUAAAAAAAAAAAAAUUGGUUCAAUAAUAAUAAAAUUCCUCAACAGUUUCUUAAAAUUAGAUAACGCUUCCUCAGAACCAGUUCCGAAGGUGACAAUUUCGAACAAAAAUUAUUGGUCUCAACGCCAAAGUAGAACGAGUUCGGGCUACAAUCAUGCGUUCUAGAACUAAUUGUGGAACUAAUACAAUUGUUGCUGGGAUGUAUGAAUAUAAAAUCCUUAAGUUAUUUAGUUUUAAUAUAAAUAUGUACAUAUUCAUUUAUUAAUUAAUAAAUAUAUCUAUUAGAAAACUA